CUAUCGCGGUCCUCGAUAUAAUUUCCUCAAUAGCAGACAGAGUGGGUGUGGCCAUGAGAGGUAGGAGGGGGCAGAGAGCGCCCAAAUAGAGGCGUGGAAAAGGAAGAGAGGAAUACUGAAGGUGGAGUGUGUGACGUUCUUCAGAGAAAGGGAGGGGAGAGAGGGAGAGAGAGAGAGAGAGAGAAAAAGGAAGAACUUUUCCAAAGACAUUUUUUUCUUUCUUCUCCCCCUCUUUUUGGCUUAAACAAACAUUACGGAGGGAGAGGUUAAACCUUCACGACGCCUUGCCGGGCUGUUUGGAUGGGAAAUGAACGACUGAUAAACCGAAAGAGGAAGAGAGAAAGAAAAGAAGAAGGGGAAAUAAACACUCAGGGAGUUGCUAUAGUCCUGUGUAACAGAUGACGGCAUUAAAAAUUGACAGCGGGAAGCCUGAGGCCUGUUGACAGACGAGAGCAACAUCCUUGACCAUGACGUCAGAGCUGGACUCCAGUUUGACCAGCAUUGACUGGCUCCCGCAGCUGGGAAUGAGCAGUCUCCGCUCAGGGAAAGAACGAGGGGAGAAAAAGCGAGAACGAGGAAGAGAACGAGAUACACCCCCGUCCAUCCCAUCCUCCUCCCCUCCACCAAACUCCAAAGGGAAGCCACCACAUAGUUAUGCCACACUCAUCGCAAUGGCAAUAAGCUCUGCUCCAGAGGGAAAGCUGAGUCUGAACGACAUCUACACUUGGAUUAGUGAUACAUUCCCAUUCUACAGCAGAGCAGGAAGAGGCUGGAAGAAUUCAAUUCGACAUAAUCUCUCCCUGAAUAAAUGCUUCCGGAAAGUUCCAAGACCACAGAGCGACCCUGGGAAGGGUUCUUAUUGGACGAUGGAUGGGCCACCUGACCAACAUCAGGCUAGAGGUGCAAAAAGACCUUGUCCUACAAGUGAGGAGGAGAUGGAAGUCCCUGAAAAAUCUCCAUCCACAGUGGACAAAACACAUAUCAGUCAAGCUGAGCAACUCCCUCUUCCACAAGAGAUCAAAAUUACUCUGUCUCCACCUCCAUGCAAGCGUCCACCUGCCCCAUUAAAUACAGCCCCUGCCCCUGCCACUGUCCCUUCAGCUGAGCCGCCGCUGCGUUUCUCCUUCGCCGAUCUCAACCUGCCGGACCUCUACACUUCAUUUCAGUCUCUCUGUCGCUCUGUGAGAGAGAGAGUCACUUCACAGUCGGAUACCACCAGUCUUCUUGGAAUACCGAGUGAUAUUGCACCGCUCCACACACCAACGCUGCCACCUCUGUCACCUCACCACUGCCCCAGCACCAAUCCACCCACACACAUGACCACUAGUAUGCACAUCGGUACCAACUUCACGCCUAACCUUAACCCGAGUUUCACUUCUAAUCAAAACCCACCGGCUAACGCUGAGCCUGACAGACUGCUACAUAACAACGUUGUUCCUGCAGACUGGUUCAGUAAUGCUGAGUCUUUAAGAGAGAGCUUCAGAAUUGCCAACAGUUUGGACUGGUCUAAUAUAGAUCUCACCAAUCACCCAGACCUGGUAGAGAGCAUGCGUCAAGCAGAACUCUGUGAUUGGGCGCUGGAUCCAGCUCUCUUCAUCUCGCUUUGUGAUUCGCUCAACCGCUUCUUCACUCACAGGGGUAUCAUCGGCUCACAGACGGGCAGCCCGUCAUCUCUGAACCCGUUAGCUUCACCUCUUACCAACAUGCAGUCGGCUGCUCAUCCACCUCUGUCGCAUUUAACGCAGCCCUCUCCACUUAGCUUACCUCCCCAGCUCCCGCACUGUAGCGGUGGUCCACCUGUUCAGAGCCACAGGAAAACUCUGACUCCUCAGAGCCAUAGUCAGAAUUCACAGAGGAACCUUGAAACCCAGCCAGCUGCUAGCCAGCCUCUGCCAUCCAAUACUAUUCAAGCACAACCUUUGACACCUCGAAACCGACCCGCGAUGAAGCAUCUCCACAGCAACAGUGAAGAGAUUCAGGAUGACUUUGAUUGGGAUUCACUGAUUGUGUAAAUACUUCACGGAUUUUGUGGACUUGUGGAACAAUUUGAAAUACUGCAAAGAUUUAUUUAUCAAGAUGAGAGCUUUUGUUUAAAAUCUGAAAACAAAAUUCAAGUAUGUCUGUUGUAUGAAGCGGCGGCCCGUCAAUUAUAUAUUAGCUAUUUAACAAAUCCUCAUUCCAAACACCCUACAUUUUAAAUUCCUUUGAAAUACUAAUUACCUCUUCUGAGUGACCAACAAUAGGAAAAACACACACACACACACACACACACACACACACACACAAUAUAUUAUAUAUAUAUAUGAAAAAAAUUGGGCUAGUUUAAAAUGCUCUGUAGCUGCCUAGAUCUUGUUUUGUAGCAAGUAACUGUAAUUAAAUCAAAUACAUUUCUACAAACAAAGGCAAAUACACCAAACAGUAUACAUGAUCUUAAAUAAAUCAAGACACCAUUGACCAUGAAAAAAAUAAAACAUAUGUCUAAGGUCAGAUUAUUCUGUACAGGCUAAAUCCUGUUUUUACACCCCCCUCCCCCAAAUGGAAACAAAACAUCCUUAGUUACUAUUGAACAGCUAACAUUUUUGCUUGAUGCAGAUAUAGGCUUUCCAGAUUAAUUCAAUAUUUUGACUAGGUAUACAUUGUUUGUUUGUUUUUUUGUACUUGAAAGUUCUUUAUAUGUUAAUGCUUUUUUUCUUUCUUUAUUUCUUUUUGCUAAGCUCAGUAAAUGUAAAGCUGUUAAGACUAAUGGGUAGCUGGGACUCCUUCAGUAUAUUUUGACUGAAUAUUAUGUACGAAAACAGUUAAAUGUUGUCAAACGUCAAUUAUCUUCAUUUUAGCACACUUCCGUUUGCAAAUAUCAACUUCUUGAAUUUUACCUAAAUAAAUCAGGCAUCACAAUAUUCUAUGCCUUGCAUCAAAAUAAAAAUCACAGCUGAAAAAUUAUUAGAAAUGUGACUUUGUUGUAAUGGAACACCCAAAACAGAAAAACCAAACACUUCCUUUUUUUUUUUUUUUUUUUUUACAUUUAUUUUUUCCUCCUCCAUGUUUUGAAAUGUGAAUAUUCACAGUCAACACCAUAAUCUUUUUGCUUACCCAGUAUAAGAGAUAUCUUCAUAUAUAAAAUAAUUCAUCAAAAGUAAAUUAAGAAUAACAGCACGGAUUGUUAUUCAGUCCCCCAAAUUUGAUCAUUUCAAAUUUUCCCAACUGAUUCAUCUAGGUCACAAUUUUAGAAGCAUUUAAAGUCCACCCACCUAUUUUUUGUUUCAGAAACAUACGGGAAAAAGAGUAGGUGGGCGUUGCAAUGUGAGAAUAAAAUCUUGUGUCCCAUCUGACAGUUCUGACUAAUGCUUCAAGUCACCAAAAAAAAAAAAAUCUGUGAAAGAAAAUGAAUAAAAGGACA